UGGGAGGCCUGCAGGCAAAGGGAGCUCCAGCCUGUGGAGACAAGGCAGGUUGAGGCGCUUGAUGCUUCAGAACCAAAUAUGUGCGGGGAACGUCUUAGAGUUGUGGAGUGAGGUCUGGUGAUGGGAGCGGGAUCCUCCGAACGAGCGCGUCCGGGUUGGGACCCGGCGUGCCGGUCUUACCAAGGGAUUUUCUCCUUCGCUCUUGCCUCUCGUGUCCCACCAGAGAGGGAGAGGUGAGCGCUCCUUCCCUCUGAGGUAGGGCCUACAAGGCUUCAUUAAGGCCUCUGCAUGUGGAAAGGGUGGUUUUGCUCCCUGGAUGCUGCAGGGCCCUCCCCGCUUGCAGUGGGAAGCGUAGCUGUCUCUUGCUUGGCAGCAAACCAGAGAUACCUCUCCAGGAGCUGCCCACUUAGGUGUCUCCAGUACGGGCGUGCGAGGACUUUGGGCCAAGCACCGGUGAUAUCCCGAGCUUCAUUUCACCUUCCUUUGGAUUUCCUUGGUGGUGCUUCUCUCCUUCCUGGGGAGCGCAUUUGUGUAAAGAGAGAAGGUGGAAGCCCUGGAGGUGUAAAUGCUGCUCCCGGAGCUGUGGCCAGCAGAGAUGGGCACAAAGAGGGGAAAGUAACCUGGAAAACAGAACCGCAGCAAGUGCAGCCCAUGUGGGUGGUCGCAUCCUCUCUCCUACGGGGUUCUGUGAUCUCUCGGAAGUUCGUCCCCUCCCUCUCAAAUCGUCUCUGCCCACUUGGACGUGCUGCUGCUCGCCUCCCCCCUCCUUGUUCUAGCAGCUCCUCAGCCACCCAUGGUCUGCGCUGGUUUCUCUCCCUGCUAAUUGCCACACAAAGUCAUCACUGUCUGUUGUCCCUGUAGAUGCCUCACUCUAGAAGGUACCGCUCGUCGGAGCGCAGCAGCCGAGGCAGCUAUCAUGAGCGCUACAGAAGUCGCAAACACAAGAGACGGCGGACACGGUCGCGAUCGAGCAGCAGCGAGCGUGACCGUCGGCACCGUCGGGAAGACAGUUACCAUGUUCGAUCCCGGAGCUACGAUGACCACUCAGCAGACAGGAGGGCCUACGACCGGCGUUACUGUGACAGCUACCGGCGGAACGAUUACAGCCGCGAGCGAGGGGAAGCCUACUAUGAACCCGAGUACCGUCAUUCCUACGAGUACCGACGCUCCCGGGACCGCGAGGGCAGCUACCGGAGCUGCAAAAGCAGCCGGCGUAAGCACAGGCGGAGGCGGCGCCGCAGCCGGUCCUUUAGUCGCUCCUCAUCGCAGCGGAGUCGACAGAGCAGCAGAAGGGCCAAGAGUGUGGAGGACGACGACGAGGGGCAUCUGAUCUAUCGCGUCGGCGACUGGCUACAAGAAAGAUAUGAGAUUAUUAGCACCUUAGGGGAAGGCACGUUCGGCAGAGUGGUGCAGUGCAUCGAUCACCGGAGGGGUGGUGCACGUGUUGCUCUCAAAAUCAUUAAAAAUGUAGAGAAAUACAAAGAGGCUGCUCGACUGGAAAUUAACGUGCUGGAGAAAAUCAACGAGAAGGAUCCCGAGAACACAAAUCUUUGUGUCAGGAUGUUUGACUGGUUUGACUACCACGGCCACAUGUGCAUCUCCUUCGAGCUGCUGGGGCUCAGCACCUUUGAUUUCCUGAAGGACAACAACUAUCUGCCUUACCCCAUCCACCAAGUACGGCACAUGGCCUACCAGGUGUGCCAGGCUGUGAAAUUUCUGCAUGACAAUAAACUCACUCACACUGACCUCAAGCCGGAGAACAUCCUCUUUGUGAAUUCGGACUACGAACUCUCCUAUAACCUGGAAAAGAAGCGGGAUGAGCGGAGCGUGAAGAGCACAGCCAUCAGAGUGGUGGACUUCGGCAGCGCCACGUUUGAUCAUGAGCAUCACAGCACGAUUGUCUCGACCAGGCAUUACCGGGCCCCGGAAGUCAUACUGGAGCUUGGCUGGAGCCAGCCCUGUGAUGUGUGGAGCAUUGGCUGCAUCAUCUUUGAGUAUUAUGUGGGUUUCACCCUGUUUCAGACACAUGACAACCGGGAGCAUCUGGCCAUGAUGGAGAGGAUCUUGGGGCCAAUUCCUUCUCGGAUGAUCCGGAAGACGAGGAAACAGAAAUAUUUCUACCAUGGCCGCCUGGACUGGGACGAGAACACCUCCGCUGGCCGCUACGUUAGGGAGAACUGCAAGCCGCUGCGGCGAUACCUGACCUCUGAGGCUGAGGACCACCACCGCCUUUUUGACCUCAUUGAGAGCAUGCUGGAGUACGAGCCCUCCAAGCGCAUCACCCUGGCCGAAGCCCUCAAGCACCCCUUCUUUGACAUGUUGGAGAUGGAGCCGAGCACAAAAAUGUGGGACUCUAGCAGAGACAUCAGCCGGUGACGCCACAGGUGCCAGCCUGCCCUCAGAUUCUAGCCCCCGUGGAGGCCCCUGUGAUUUCUAUUCAGACACUUGGUGCUUUUUUUUUUUAUACAUGAGGAGAACUCCCUGGACAUGUUUGUAAAGCUGUUAAUAUGUGAGAUACUGUAAAUAACCCAUAUUCUAUAUCGGCCUCUGAGCACCACAGGCCUGACCUCCUGCUGUUGCUGCUGCCGUUACCGUGAGGCGAGGGGGCCUGUAUGUCCAUAUUGUAAAUAUCUGUUCACGUGU